CCGUGCUCAUCAAGGAUUCACAACGCAGAUACAUAUUGUGAUCGUGUGUCACCUCUGUGCUCGGUAAAGCACGGUCUGUGGCCGUUGAUCUUAGGUUACAUUAGUCGCACACUCACUUAACGGACAUUGUCCGUGUGCAGUUGUUAAAUCUCUGAAGGUGCACGGAGUCCCUUUCUGUAUCGGCGAACAAAUCCAUCAACAGAGAGCGACGGGCAAUGGCUACCAGCAACGAUUCCAGCCCUACUCGACGAGGCGACAUGUCUAUUGAUGAGAAAGCAAUCGAACGGCGGGAGGAAGAUCCUGUCAUCAUUCCCAAGGAUAUCGAGGCUCUGCCUGAGAUCGACCAUGCCGCCGAAGCUCGUCUCAUACGAAAACUCGACCUCUACAUCAUCCCACCGACAAUGUUGCUCUAUCUGUUCUCUUUCCUGGACCGUGUCAACAUCGGCAAUGCCAGAUUGUACGGGUUCGAAGAGGACCUGGGGAUAACCAGCACUCAGUAUUCGACCGCUGUGAGCUUAUUGUUUGUCACUUACGUUCUGUGCGAAACGCCCAGCAACCUUAUCAUCAGGAGAUUGCGACCUUCUCGCUACAUCGCUUUUAUCACAACUUGCUGGGGGAUCGUUGCAACCCUUUCGGGUCUUGUUCAGAAUUAUGGAGGUUUGAUCGCUUGCAGGCUCAUCCUAGGAGCCUUGGAAGCAGGCCUUUUCCCGGGUAUGACUCUAUACUUGACUGUUUUCUAUACCAAGCGACAACUCGCCUUGAGAGUCGGCUAUCUCUUUGUGUCUGCUGCCAUUGCCGGCAGCGUGGGUGGCUUGCUCGCCUACGGUAUCGGCUUUAUGGACGGGGUACAAGGCUACAGAGGCUGGAGGUGGAUCUUCAUCAUUGAGGGACUUCCAAGCUUUGUGUUGGGCAUCGCCGUGUACUUCUGGCUGGCCGAUGAUCCUGAGACAGCGUACUACCUUUCUCCCGAAGAGCGACAACUCAUGAUAACCCAGAAACGGCGUCACGUUGGCCACACAGCGUCCGGCGACUUGCUGCACAAGAAAGAUGUGUACAAAGCGUUCAAGGACUGGAAGGUCUGGAUGUUCGCCGCGGGACAGUUCGGCGUUGAUACUGUCCUUUACGGCUACUCUACUUUCUUGCCGACGAUAAUCAAAGGCCUGGGCAAGUGGUCCACGGCCGAAGUCCAAGCACUCACCGUGCCAUGCUAUGCGUUGGGGGCGAUCACUUACCUCGUCGUGGCCCACUUCUCGGACAAAUACCAGCGACGCGGUUUGGCGGUUGUGCCCUUCUGUCUCGUCAGCAUUGUCGGGUACAUUAUCUUAAUGACUGAUGUGAGCUCUGGAGUUCGGUACUUCGGAUGUUUCCUGGUCGCCACGGGAUUGUAUGUUUCUGUUGGUAUUCCAUUGGCUUGGUUGCCAUCCAACAACCCUCGUUAUGGAGCCAGAGCGGCAGCGUCCGGCGCUCAAUUGACUAUCGGAAAUUGUGCCGGAGUAAUGAGUGCGUAUCUUUACAAGACUAAUGAGGCGCCUCGAUACAUCCGAGGGCAUGCCGUGUCGUUGUCGAUGGCAGGUGUAGCCGCCGUCAUCUAUACCAUCAUGUCGGUCUAUUUCUGGAGUCGAAACAAGAAGAGACAAGCAGGCAAAGAGGAUUCUGUCACCAGCGGGAAGACGGAAGAGGAAAUUGCGGAAAUGGGUGAUGAGAACCCAAGAUUUGUGUUUACGUACUGAUGAGUGAGCCCGUUUGCUCCGGCUUAAAGCUGACUUGCCUCUCCGGUGACUCGGCGCCCUUGCCGUUGAAGGAGGAUGAAAGAAUGUUCGAGAGAUCUGUGUUUACUUCCGGUGGCUCAUUAGCGGAUUGUAUCCGUCCGAGUUGAUAAAAGUCAAUAGCAGCCCCAAUGCAUUGCACGAGCCUCAUCGGAG